AGACAAUUGCGAUGUAUGCGUGGAUUAAACUUAUGCGUGAAGGGUUCUUGAUCCAUUAUCGUAUGAUCUGCCGUUCGUUCGCACUGAUCGACACCUGGCAAAUGACCAACUUUGCAUCUUUUUCUUAACUAACUAGGUUACCUAAUUACCUAAGGUAACUAACCGAGAUUCAGCUCUCAACGCUGCACAUCACCAACUGCAUUUGAGCAUCUGAUCCACCAGCAGUAAUACAUAAACGAAUCCUAACGGGACGGCGGAUAUGGCAUCCAGAGGGAAUAUUACGCCACGGACUAUCAUGGCACCUGCAGCCGCCUUCACCAUGGCAUGCGUCUUAUUUGCUUACACACGGUCUUCUAUCAAAGAAGCCAGACGUAAUGCUCAACACGAACGGGAUCAAAGACGCCAGCUAGGUGGGCCAAGCGGCGGCGGCGGCGGCGGCGGCAGCAACAGCAGCAGCAGCAGCAGCAGCAAGUGAGAAUAACAGGAAUGGCGACCCAGCCGCUGACUCAA